AGGCCAGAGUCCGUGUUUGCGCUGGUCGCUCCCAGCCCGGGGCGGCGCUGCGUGGGGUCCGCAGGUCCAGGUCGGGGUUCUAGCUAGCUCCCCGGUUCUCCGGGAAGCCGGGGCGCACGGUCCCGGAGGCAUGGGGCGACAGUGGCGGCCCGCCAUGAGGGCAGCCGAGCAAGCGGGCUGCGUGGUGAGUGCCUCCCGGGCCGGGCAGCCCGAGGCGGGCUCCUGGAGCUGCAGCGGGGUGAUCCUGAGCCGCAGCCCGGGCCUGGUGCUGUGCCACGGGGGCAUCUUCACCCCCUUUCUGCGGGCCGGCAGCGGGGCGCUGACCGCGGCCGGCGCCGCCUUCCUGCCCGGCGACAGUUGCAGCGACGAUCUGCGCCUGCACGUGCAGUGGAGCCCAACGGCCGCGAGUCCCGCGGGUCGCGCGGAGCGGGGCCGCCCUGGGCUGUGCACGCCCCAGUGUGCGGGCCUGGAGCCCGGCCCGCCCGCCCGGCCCCGCGGGCAGCCCCUGCGGCCCCCGCACCCCGCCGAGCUGCUGCUGCUGCUGAGCUGCCCGGCCUUCCGGGCCCACUUCGCGCGCCUCUUCGGGAGCGAGCCGGCCGAGCAGUGGCGCUUCGCGAGCGCGGCGCCGGACGAGGAGGUGUCGGAGGACGAGGAGGAGGAUCAGCUGCGAGCGCUGGGCUGGUUUGCGCUGCUGCGUGUGAGGCACGACCCCGAGGAGGAGGUGGACUGGCGCGGGCCGGCAGUGGCCGUGGCGCCGCUCGGGGCCGUGCCCAAGGGCGCGUCGCUGCUGGCCUGUGGCUCCCCGUUCGGGUCCUUCUGCCCCGACAUCUUCCUCAAUACGCUCAGCCGCGGCGUCCUCAGCAACGCGGCGGGCCCGCUCCUGCUCACCGAUGCGCGCUGCCUGCCUGGUACCGAGGGCGGCGGCGUGUUCGCCGUGCGACCCGCGGGGGCCCUGGUGGCGCUGGUGGCGGCGCCCCUCUGCUGGAAGGCCCGCGAGUGGGUGGGCCUCACGCUGCUCUGCGCCGCCGCACCUCUCCUCCGCGCCGCCCGUGCGGGGCUCGGCCGCCUGUGCCCGGAUGCCGCUGCCCUGGCCGCUCUCCUGCCGCCCGAGGUGGGCGCCCCGUGGGGCCCGCCCCUCCGAGACCCUGGGCCCCCGUGGGCAGCCGCGGCCGUGCUGGUGGAGUGUGGCACCGUCUGGGGCUCCGGAGUGGUCGUGGCGCCCCGCCUCGUGGUGACCUGCCGGCAUGUGGCCCCCCGCGAGACGGCCAGAGUCCUGGUGCGCCCCACCACCCCCAAGAGUGCCAAGAUCUGGGGACACGUGGUGUUUGCCACUCAGGAGACAUCUCCGUAUGACAUAGCCGUGGUGAGCCUGGAGGAAGAACUAGAGGGUGUCCCCGUGCCGGUGCCCACUGAACAUUUCUACGAAGGCGAGGCUGUCAGCGUGGUGGGCUUCGGCGUUUUUGGCCAGGCUUGUGGGCCCUCGGUGACCUCGGGCAUCCUGUCAGCUGUGGUGCAGGUGGAUGACGCACCGGUGAUGCUGCAGACCACAUGUGCUGUGCAUGGCGGCUCCAGUGGGGGACCCCUCUUCUCUACCUGCUCAGGGGACCUCCUGGGGAUUGUCGCCAGCAACACCCGGGACAAUAACACCGGGGCCACCUACCCGCACCUGAACUUCAGCAUCCCCAUCACGGUGCUCCAGCCGGCCCUGCAGCAGUACAGUCAGACGGGCGACAUGGGCGGCCUCCGGGCGCUGGACCACGCUGCCGAGCCAGUGAGGGUGGUGUGGCGGCUGCAGCGGCCCCUGGCAGAGGCCCCGCGGAGCAAGCUCUGAGCCUGUGUCACCCUCGAGAGGAGAGCGACAUUUUAUGCCCUGGGAAGUGCGAACGUGAUGGCAGCCUCGGGAUCCUGUCACAGCAGCCCAGCUGGGCAGCCCCCCAUCAGCACCCGCCGUGCUUGGCGCUGGUGUCUGGAUCAAAUUUCUCCUCAGCCCCCUGGGCCUCCAAGCCAGUAGCCCCUUUUGGGGUACUCCCUCCAGCCUUCACCCCUCUCCUCUCCCUGGCAUAGACACAGCUCUGUUGUUCCCCAUCUGGGGGCCCAGCACAGCUGCACAGAGUCCUGGUCCUGACAGACAUGUUGGCUGGAAGGCAGGCCCAGCCCUGGGUUCGAGUCUCCCCUGUCUCGCGAUGGCCACUGGCUCCUCUGCUCUCCGUCAGAAUUAGCAGCUGACAGAGCACUGGCGCUUCCUCAGAAAACCUCGGCACAGAGGCUCUGCUCUGAAGACCGGAGAGAAGGAAAGCGACGUCUACUCCCUGUUCUGCCAGACCUUUGGGGAGAGAGAUUCCCUGAAAGUCAGGACUCCUGGGUCUUCAUCUGUCGUGUCCGUGACCCACAGGGGCACUCUGCCAUAGUGCCUUAGUUUUCCAGCCCAUACAAUGGGUCUCAGGGAUCUUGGGAGGUGGAGAGAGGAUUAUCAGGUGUCCGGUUGAGGUUUGGGAAUAAACAGGACCUAUGGAAGGAACUGUA